AUUCUGCUCAGCUGCACAUAAGCACCUGCUAAUCUCGCUUUGUGAAUAGUCUGGGACUCAAGUGCCACUUCGACGCUCCAAUAUGAUUGAAGUUGUCACAAUUCUGAAAGCAAUCUCGGCCAGCAUUGGGGUGUUGAAUUUUGCUUGGCAUGGGGUAAAAGAGUUCCGAGACCAUGGAAAAAUAAUGGCAAGAUUUAUACUGGAUGUCCAGACCAUUCAUCAGUUGUUAGGACUUUGGGAAAUCGAAUGGAAAAUCGGAGACUCGGAAGAUGAAGGCAUCAAGUGUUUUGGCCCAGAUGGAUGGAGGUUAAUCCGACAACAGAUCGCUUCGAUUGUCGAUACGAGUUUGGGACUCGUCGGCUUGCUUGCCCCACCACUGCCAUCUGGAAAGAACGAUACGUCGACAAUAUCGGAAGGAACCUCGUCUAUCCCUUCUCAUAGAAAGUUACUUAAACGCAGCGGCCCGCCCCCAGAAAUCCUGCUCGGGAGAGAAUUUCUGAACAGCCAAUCCCACCAAACUCUCGAAGCACUUCAGGAAUACAAAAGUUACGAGAAAUUCUGCGACAAAUCCUCGUCCUUUGGCCAAAAGCUUUGGGACGUCUUGAUAUCGAAGAAUACAGACGUCUUGGAAAAGAUAAAAUCCCUCGCAGAAGGGUACCGCCAACUGGAAACCUUGUCCGAUAGCAGUUUUGAAGCCUGCUAUAAAAAUGAAAACCUUUCAGCAACUAUGCCUAUACAGGUUCGACAAGACGCAGUCCAGAGACGAUAUGACUCCAAGUACGCAAUUGGUUUUCGAAAGAAUGCUACGAGCAUCAUCUACGCAUCAGCUUUUCCCACUCAGGACGCCGAAAGUAUUGGACUACAGCUUGAAGAACAAGUCUUGAGUGCUAGUUAUUCAGUACAAGAUACUGACGCUAUUAACUAUACCUUAAUUCUUGAGCCAUCCAAGCGAGAAGGAUCUUUCGAACUCUCUGUCAAGGCAGUUGGACCUCGGAGACCAGAAGCAAUCGAACCAGCCUCAACUUUCACAGAUGCCUGUGAGCAAGCUCGGGACAGCUACCAACAGAAACGCCAGGUUUGGCUACAGGUCAACUCCAAACAAGAAUUUCUAUAUUAUUCUAUCGUAGCUUCUCCAUCACAGCCUGGAGGUGAAGUUUCAAGACUGGCCGAACGCCUCCGUUCCCAAUACCCUGAGCAACUUCUCCCGUACCGCGAAAGUCUCGAGCUCCUCUUUCGUCUUACCUGCUCAUCUUACCUUCUCUUAAACACGCCUUGGAUGUCGGCGUUCAGCAGCGAAUGUCUAAUCAUUCGAAAAGGCGGAGAAAUGCCUCCCCGUUACUCGCUUGGCUUUCGAGAGAUAGAUGGAAGCAGAUGUCAGGUCCUGAAAGCACUGCAAACCAGUUCCGAGCCGGAGGCGUACAGCAUCGGAAUCUUAUUAAUUGAGCUAGCAUUGAGGAAGAAGGUGACGGGUUUCCAAAACCAACCUCUGAAGAUCCAACUACUCGGCGAGGAUAAGCUCGAGCCUCUUAACAAGAUCAUCGACCGCGCUGGGCAGAGACUGACUCGAGCAUUUGCCAAGAUUCUCCGGCAAUGCUUUUUCCAAAUUCAAGUCCCUCGGGAUUGCUACGAUCAAGAGCAGAAAGACGAUCUCGAGCUUUACAUGCUUGAGGGUUUUUACAGGAACGUUUUAAAGCCUCUUGAAAGAAUGAGCCACAAACGAAUAGCUGUACCAAGCAAUACCAGGCCACUUCGACCGAGGAACGUCCUUCAGCCGAUAGCGACGAAUUAACAUUCCUGUCUUGGGAAGUGUUUCGGCAUUCUAGGAGUAAUAGAGUGUCUUCAAAUCCCCAUAUUGAAUAUCGAGUCAUGCUGCGAAUACAGAUCUUCGAAUGGAUGCAAAUUAGUGGCGUUGUCUCGACGAGAUAUAUGGCCAAGAGGUUGAGGUAGCUUGCAAUGUAAAAUGCGGUUCAGAUGUCCUUUCUUCACACCCCAGAAAGUUAGGUAACUCAAAAAGUAAUUUGAAGCUGAACCUGAGGCGGAAGAUCCCGUCUAGAAUGCGAUAUCGAAAU